AUGCGCAGCUUGAAGAAGCCUGCGCGGUACCUGGGCAAGGAGCACGGCGCGAUCCGCAAGGACUGGGACAGCGCGCGCGUGCGCUUCUGUCUCACGUACCCCGAGGUCUACGAGGUGGGGGCAAGCAAUCUGGGUCACAUCAUUCUGUACACGGUACUGAACCAAGCGGAGGGCGUGAUGUGUGACCGAGCCUACUUUGUGGACGAGGACAUGAGCCAGUGCCUCAAGAAGUACAACAAGUCCCUUUUUGCUGUGGAGUCUCAACGUCCGCUCGCCCAAUUCGACACGCUCGGAUUCAGCCUCAGCUACGAGCUAGGCGCGACCAACAUUCUGCAGAUGCUGCACGAGUCGGGCAUCCCCAUCUCGUGGCAGGAGCGCAUGGAUGCAGACACAGCUGCACAUGGAGGGGAUGCCACAGCGCCCUGGGAUGUCUCCACUGGGAGCAUGCCGCUUGCCUUUGCAGGCGGCCCCACGGCCACGUCCAAUCCCGAGCCUUUCUCAGACUUCUUUGACUUCUUCGCUAUUGGCGAUGGCGAGGAGUGUCUGGUGGAGAUCGCACAGUGCUUGGACGUGUGCAAGCAGCGCCGUUUGUCCCGCUACGACACGCUGGUGGAGCUAUCGCGCUCAGUGAAGGGCGUGUAUGUGCCCCAGCUCUACGAGACUGUGCCUGGGUGGGGCGCUGCGGUGCUGCCUAAGGUGGAAGGAGUGCCGUCUAAAGUUCUUCGACGAGUGGCCACUCCCAAUCCAUUGGACCACAUUGGCCUUGUGCCACUCACCUCCACAGUGCACGAUCGUCUGACGGUGGAGAUUCGUCGAGGCUGCACCCGAGGGUGUCGAUUCUGCCAGCCUGGCAUGCUGACGAGGCCAGCUCGUGACGUGGAUCCAGACAAAGUGGUGGAGGCGGUUGAAGCAGGCAUGAGGAAGACGGGCUAUACAGAGUUCUCCCUCCUCUCCCUCAGUUGCUCUGACUACCUAGCGCUCCCCUCCGUGGGCAUCCAGAUCAAGAACCGGCUCAAGGAGCAACCCAUCUCGCUGUCGCUGCCCAGCCAACGCGUGGACCGAUUUAACGAUGACAUCGCCAACAUCAUUGGCGGCACACGCAAGGGUUCGAUCACCUUUGCACCUGAAGCUGGCACACAGAGGAUGAGGGAUGUCAUCAAUAAGGGAUUGACGGACGAGGAGCUGUUGCGGGGAGUGAAGGCGGCGUGGGACAAGGGGUGGCGGCAGGUGAAGCUCUACUUCAUGAUCGGCCUGCCGGGGGAAACGGACGAGGACGUCCUGGGCAUCGCCAAAACCAUCAAGUGGCUGCAGCAGAACUGUCGGCGUGGUCGCAACUUCCUGGGCGUGCGCUUGACCAUCUCCAACUUCACUCCCAAGCCACACACGCCCUUCCAGUGGCACACGGUGUCAACAGCAGAGUUCACACGCAAGCAGCGCUUGCUCAGAGACGCCUUUGUGCGCAUGCCUGGGGUCAAGUGGAACUUUGGAGAUGUGCGGCUAUCGGCCAUGGAGGAUUUCAUAGGGCGGGGCGACCGCAGCAUAGGCCGGGUGAUCCGGCGUGCGUGGGAGCUGGGGGCCAGCAACGAUGCUUGGUGGGUGAACCUGGAUCGCUGCUACGGCUGCUGGUCACAGGCCAUAGAUGAGUGCGGGCUGGAGUGGAAGUACCGACGGGUGGUGGACGGCGAGUGGGACGUCAUGGAGAAAAUCGGCGACGACCGCUUCCGAGGCCAGGGCGGCAAGUCUCGUCUCGAUGUGGGGCCUCUUGCCGAUGCCAGACUGGACGCCCCCUUGCCCUGGGACAUCAUCAAUACGGGCAUAGAGCGCUGGUGGCUCAAGGCGGACCUGCAGAGGGCGUUAGAGGCCACCACUGUGCCCGACUGCUCACACAGUGGCGUGUGUUCCAAGUGUGGUGUGUGCGAGGAAGACUUUGGAGAGAACGUGGUGGCUGCCAUUCCCCCCGUGCCAGAGUACGAUGGAGACUUCAAGCCCAACCGCAAGAGAGUGCAGCGUCUGCGGGUGUGCUUUGCCAAGAUGGGCGCCAUGACGCUGCUGGGUCACCUGGACACCGUCUCACUCCUCGAUAGGGCUCUUCGACGUGCCGACCUCCCUGUCUGCUACGACAACGGCUUCCACUCCCUCCCGCGCAUCUCCUGUGCUGCGCCUCUGCCUCUGGGCCACAGCAGCUCCUGUGAGCUCGUGGACUUAGAGUUCACUCAGAAGCUAUCUGUGGCCGAUGUCAAGAGGAAGCUGCAGGAGCAGCUGCCCGACGAGGUGCCCGUGCUGGACGCCUGGGAGGAACCGAUUUUCCGGGCAGACAAGAAGAACACAGACACACUCACAAAGCAACUCCAUGCAAUCGAGUACCUGCUGCUGCUCCGAGUGGAGUGUGAUGCACAGGGAGCAGAGGGAGCAGAGGUAGCAGACAGGAGCCUACAGGAGCAAGUGGAGGAGUGGGUACAGGGAGUGCUCGCCCUGCCAUCCUUCACUGUCACUCUGCAGAAGAAGCAAGGCGCAAAACCCAAGGAGACGGAUCUACGUGCGCGGCUUCAUGAGCUGCGGGCUCUCCCCCAAGGCAGCGCGCUUCCAUCCGCCAUGCGCCUCAGCUGCAACGACGCGGCUGCCUUUGCUGCUGGCAGCAGCAGCAGUGUGGUGGUGUCGUAUGUGGGCCAGCACACCACAGACGGCGGUACCCUGAGGCCAGAGGGAGUCCUCACCAUGCUCUCGGAGGUGUCUGGUCGUACCAUCCAUCUCGUACACGCACACAGGGCAAAGCUGCACCUCUCACCGCCCUCUCAGCCCAAGAUUGACUUUGCCAAGCUGAGGUCCAUUGGCAACGACGAGGCGUUCCGGUCGCUGUACCGCCGCUUUGACGGCACCAGCCGAUUGAACGACACACAGCCACUCUCCACCAAAGAUGCCAUUGAGAGUGCUCGCCAGGCUGCUCUUGCUAAGGCUCUGUGA